AUGCUUAACCUUGUGACAGUCUACAAACGUCAGUUAAUGGUUCUAAAUCCACAAUUACCUUCCGUACAAAAUAUUCAGAAGGCUUCAGAAGAAGCUCCUAGUGCUUCUCAAAAUGACAUCAUCCUCAGUGCUCUCAUAAAUGCUGGAAUUGCUCCAUCCUCUUUAAAACCUCAAGAAGUUUACUCUAAUACUCCUUCAGUUUCAGUUACUGUGAAUUUGAACGUUAACGUUCUCAAUGCUCAAGGUCCUACCAUACUGAGGGUUGUUCCACCAGAAAAUGGCAGCAAUUCACCAGUUAUGCAAGCUUAUCCUCCUCGAAUGACUAGUCAGUUGUUAAAGGAGCCUUCUGAUAAUUAUCUUACAAUGUCUGGAAUUAUUCACAUGCCAAAUAUUAUACGGAAAAGGCCUCCUUCGCUUGUCGAAACUAGUCAGCCUUUUUCAAAAAUCAGACGUAAACUUAACCAUGGUCCAGUAGAUAAAGACGUUAGCCAUCAGAUCACAGCAUUUUCUGGUAUGGGUACUGUCCCAACUAGCUCAAGUAAAUGA